AUGCAGGAUUUUGCUUCUGACACAGCGCCAGAAGAUCAGGGGGAUCAGGGGGCCGCGACAACCCACUGUAGCUCAUUUGGAACACUUCAAGGUUCUGGCAUAAAUGAGGAGUUUCUGCGUCACCUUGAGGAUGGAACCUGUGAUCACCAACCAGCGGGUCACGACUCCACACUUCCCCCCGGAGGGACAGAGGCGUCUCGCCCUCCUGACCUGAAACUGCGAACGUGCUCCGCUCGGGAUACUUCAGUAGCAAAGAGCAGCCGGAACAGGCCGUGUAGUGCCACAAGCACGCUGCAGCGGCAGCAACUGAGCAGCCCGCAAAAAAGACAACAGGAACGCGUAGCGGCUCGUCGAGAGCGCCAGCAGCAAGUGACUGAGGCCCACAAUGAAUGGCGGUGGGCUGAACGUAUGCAGCGGGCAGCUAUGCACCGGCAGCGACGGAAUUUGAAGCCCGACUUUAGGACGGUGCUGCAAAUACAUCCAAGUCGCCGCUUGCCAAGUUUAGAUGGGCAGAUCUGGCAUUCGAUCGGGGCAUCCUUUUGCCCACAUCGCCUCGCAAGCAUCUACAAUCUCUCUAUACGGUACUGGGAUGAGGGCUGUGUUCGGCUUGCUGCCAGGACGCUGCAAGGGGCCUUGCAAAUCCUGCAGCAGCAGGGACUUUGGGGUGGCUGCGUCGCUCACACAUGGGAUUCAAUGGAAAUCUUGCGAGGCUCCAAGCAACUGCGACAUGCUGAUCCCACGUGUGCUGCUCCCCCACAUACAGACCCCAGUAGGCGUAAGCUUGAUAUUAAGGACAGAUACUUACGUUCCAGGGUGUUUUUCUCUCGCCGCAUGUUCGUUGCAGCAGGUAAGCUGGCGCUUUAUGCACUGGAAGAACCUCUGUAUCCUUUUGUGCACACAUCGAAGCUUCCAAAAGCAUUGAAAAUUUUUCCUCCUAGUGUUCAGAUUUCAACCUCUCCUGUGAAUGCAGAAAGGGAGCUUGAGGAGGUGCGGGGCCACCUAGGUUCCCUCCUCUGCCGCGCCAGCCUGAGGGGUUAUGGCUCUGCAGUGUCGAACGAAGCAGUUCGACGGUGCUCGCGAAUCAAAGAGGCAUUGGCUCGGGUUGAAGAUGACCUGCUACUAUUACAAGAUCUGCAGGCGAGAUACAGCAGCCCACAAUCCUCAGAAUGGGGAAAUGAUGUGCAACAGCGGCAGUUACAGCGUUUAGUGCCACUCAACUUGAUGCCAUGCAUGAGCAAGAGAAUUAACCUUCAGCACUACAAGAAGGCUGCACACGGAGCUCCUGAUGGUGUCGAUGAUUGCGAGCGAUGGGCCCGAACUUUGCACGAGGUGUUGAUUAGGCAAAUUACAGCCAGAGACUACGCCGCUGAUUUUCAGUAG